AUGCCAGCAGGGGCAAGAAGCUCGCGGAGAAGCGGCCGUAGCGGUAGCGGCAGGGGCGGCGGCAGCGGCAGGAGGAGGGUGGAGAGGCCUUCGUUUGCGUCGGUUCUUGGAACGGCGUCGUUGGCGUUUUUCUGGCCGUCGUCGUCCCGCCCCCCUUGCUUAGCGCAGGCGGCUUCGGCCGACAGCAGUAGUAGGGGCUCGUUCCUGGCCGCCGGGCCCCCGUUUUCACUUAAGAGGCGUUGCCGCCAGGGGCGAGAUGGAGCCGGCGUGGGUGAUGGUAGCGCUGGAGCCAUUCGUAGCUUGGUCAGCGAGGCCGCUCGAGGUUAUGAUCGGCAUGCGCCGCGGCAGCACCAGCAGAGCCCGCCAGUGGAUGGGCCAUGGGGCACGAGGACAGGGAUCGUGGGUGGCGGGGCGGGGGGGAGUGCGGUGACGCUGCGAGGCGGAGGGGGGGCGCGGCGGACGUGGUUCACCGGGUACGAGGACACUACGCAGGGAGAAAGCUCGAGCGAGGAAGGGGACACCACGGAGAGCUACGAGGAAGAGGUCUCGGAAGGAGGCACUGCCGACGGCGACGACGCUGCCGACGAUGCCGAGCGAGCCUACUCCGAAAAGAGGCAGGAGGAGGAGGAGGAGGAGAAAGCGGGGGGUCGGCAGACGGGGGAAGAGGACGAGGGCAAGGGAGGGGACUCGAAAACCGACAGCCGCGUGUCCCCUGGAUCCAAGGCUAAGACCGAGGACAUUUAUGCUCGGACUGUAGCCCGGAGGAAGGCCUUGGCGCUUACGUUUCGCAUCCUGCAACGCGCGCUGAUAAGGACCGCGCUGCUGCUCUUGGCGUUUCAGAUCAUGCCGUGGCUCAAGAACAACCACAUUACUCAGUGGCUGCUGCUGGGAUCCCUGCUGCUGCAGACGGUGACCGAGCUCGUUGGCGUUGCCCGCAGCGCAGACGCCGCCGGGAAGCAAGGCAAGGGCGGCGAGGAAGACAACCCAGCUGCCGGUUCGUCCGGCAAGGGCAAGGGCGGCAAGGGGACGGACAAGUCUAACGCCUCUUUGGGGGUAUUCGGAGGGCUAAUGAAGGCCUUCACCCCCGAGGACGCUCACGGACAGCACCUCGACUUCCACAGUAUGAACGACAUGUUCGCCAAGGAUGCCGAGGCUCUGGCUGCGGCGUCCGGGCCCAAGUUGGACAUUCCUAGCCUGCUGGCGGGGAGCGGCGGGGACGAUGGUGGAUCCUCCAUGGUCGGCCUUAUGAAAGCUUUCAAGGGGCUGUACGGAGACAAGCAGGAGGCUAAGAAAAAGAAGAGCAAGUGGGGGGGAACCCACAGAACCAAGAAACACGGAACGAGGAGGGGCAAGCGCAAGCACAGCAGCAAUAAGAGGUCGAAGCAGGAACCGGAGUCCUCUUCUGCAUCCGCGGGCGAGGGGAAGAAGGCCGCGGGUGAGGAAAACGGAGAGCGCUUCGUCCGCGAAAGCGUUCUCAUGGGUGAGAAAGCGGACGAAACGGCCAGUGUCGGUGACUUGUCGGCGUCAGCGUCAUCGCGGGAGGGGGGGUCCUUGAACAGCACCGUGACGGCUUCGCCGGGCAAGCCCCAGAAGCGUGUGUUCGUGGUGAGCUUCCGUCCGGGACACUCCCCCGAGGCGACGAUGCAGAAAGAAAUGGACCUGCUAUCCGAGACGGUUUCAUUUCUGGUGGCACACGGGAACACCACUACUGACGAGGUAGUCGUUGUGCUCGAGUCGCCUGGCGGCGAAGUGACCGAGUUCGGGCUGGCGGCGGCAAGGCUUGCCCGCCUCAAGGACAGAGGUUUCCGUCUCACGGUCUGCGUGGAUAAGGUUGCUGCGAGCGGAGGGUACAUGAUAGCCUGCAUCGCCGACGAGCUGACCACGGCACCCUUCGCGAUGCUCGGCUCGAUCGGCGUCGUCGGGGGCAUGACGAACUUCAACAAGGCGCUCAAGAAGUACGGCGUCGACUACUUCCACUUCACCUCCGGGCAACAUAAGUCGCUGGUGGGGCCGUUCCAGGAGGUGACGAAGGAGAACAAGGCCAUGCAGCAGAAGCAGAUGGACGCCAUCCACUCCGCCUUCAAGACCCACGUGCACAGGUAUCGGCCUUCGGUGGACAUCGAGGCGGUGGGGACCGGGGAGAUCUGGCUCGGGCAAAGGGCGGUCGACAUGCGCCUCGCCGAUAAGGUCACCACGGCCAUGGAGUACCUCCAGGGAAGAAUGACCGACGCCCAGGUGUUCCUGGUGAAGCCCCACAAGAAAAAGAUGGCCGCAGGCUCCGGUCUGCUCCGUGAGCUGCUUCUUGGCCCUCUCGCCGUUUCGGGGAGAUUCGCAUCGAGCGUUGCUGUGCUUUCCACGGUCCUACGGCAGCUCCUUCUGCAGCAACGGCCCGGCCGCGCAGCUAGAGGGGAGGGUCUUCUUCACCCAGGGGGGCCGCGCGGAUUCACUCAGCUGACCGGCAACGGCGACGCUCUAGCCAGAGAGCUGCUAGGAGGUUCUACUUCUUCUGCCGCAAUCAUCGGGGGCGGCGCAGACGGGAUUGGUGGUGGACAGGGGGGUAACGCCGUCCCAUUCGGCGGGGCGAAAUUCACGCCGGCGGCGGCAGCGGCGACCGGUUCUGGUGCGUUUUGGGAUGCCGGUGAUCGGAGAUGGGGCGCAGCAACGGGGGCAGAAGAUAGCGACGAGCGGGUGUUCUGAUUUUUCGGAAGGGGCACCGCGUAAGUGCGAUUGGGAGGGGGGGGGGGGUUGUGAAUUUUGCGCAGACGGCCGCUUCUUCUGAGCUUUUGGAUGCCGGUGAUGGCGGUGAUCGAAGAUGGGGCACCGCGCGGGCAGACGCGACGGGAGGGAGGGACGGUCGCAUGUUCUGAUGGUCGGACGCGCGAUUGGGGGAGGGGGGUUUCAGAAAUCAGGUUCUUCGCGAUUUUGGGGUGCCAAGGCAUUAUCGAAAUAUGGCCCCGCGGCAGCAGCGCCGUGGGUGACGACUUGUUCUGAAGGUCGUAGAUCGACCGAUUUUGUCGAGGUACAGCUUCAAAUGGUGGGUGGGAGGGGGGACAUGAUCCGUGAAGGAUUCACUUGCAUCGACCGCACGGCAGCUGAAGCAACUACGGUUCGUGAUUUGCACGUGACGCGUUCCAACCCUGCCGACAAUAUUUGAUGCCUUACCCGGCAGCGCCAGUGAGUGAUGUCUUUUGAAAAGAUUGAGUAUGAGCCUCCCCGUCAUGAACACGCCAAGCUUUGAGAUGAGAGAGAAAGCUAAGGCACAGAGGUGCGCGGGGGGGGGGGAUGCACGUCCAGCCGUCGGAAGAUCAUCAAACAAGUUGGCUAGAAAGAGGCUGUGUUUCAUGCGCACACCGCUACAGCAUCAAGCCCAUUGUGACUAGAAGGAGGCUGCGUUUGUUUCAUGCGCCCACCGCGUGGAAAAUAUACUACACGAUGCACACCACAGCAGCGGGAAACGAUAUUCACUGUGUGGCAUGUCGGAAGGAAUUCGACCAAAAUUGAUUGUUGGGGGUAGGUGCGUCAAGAGGCCUCUGCGGGAGCUGUAAAACGUGACGGGAGUGCAUAGCAAAACAUGGGAACGUUUGGUUCAUUCCCGACCAGGUGGUUGGUGCGGGGCCCUGAAUUCCCGUCCAUGCCGGCCAACCUAUUUCAAUUUGAGUGGAAACCAAUUUGAAGGGAAACGAAAGUGGGACAGGACAUGAAAAUACUGCAGGUUGAAGGUAGGGCAUGAGUGGCCUCGCGAGAACGCGACGUUUACAUUUUCCGACAUGUGUUGCACGCGUGAGGUUGCGCUGUCAAUAUUGAGUUAGACUAGAAGGUGACCCCAACCUGUACGCGGACCAAGCGCCCGCUUCAGGAAAACCUUGCUGUGUCCGUGCCGGGCUCGUGGGAGUUAAACGGGGGCAAAAUUGUGCUCUGCGGAGAAACUGGCGUGCCGGCAUUCAUUCACAAGUCUUGCCAGCUCCAGGAAUUUCCUAUUAUAGAAGGUUCAUGCCAUUUGUUGGUGUGAGGGAAAUAUGUCCACUGAGGGUUCAUGUUUGGACGAUGAAAAGGCUUGAGAAUAUUGUGAAAUCCAAGUGGGGGGGGGGGGGAGUAAACGAUUGUGUG